AUGACAGAAGCAGCCAACGAUACAGUCUCCAAACAGAUGGAUGUUGAGACCGAUAUCAUCACAUUGACGAGAUUUAUUUUGCAAGAACAACAAAAGACAGCCCCCAAUGCCACUGGUGAGUUGAGUCUCUUGCUUAACUCUUUACAAUUUGCAUUCAAAUUUAUUGCACACAACAUCAGAAGAGCCGAGUUGGUCAACUUGAUUGGUGUCUCGGGUACAGCAAACUCUACAGGUGAUGUACAAAAGAAAUUGGAUGUUAUUGGUGAUGAGAUUUUCAUUAAUGCAAUGAAGUCGUCAAACAAUGUAAAGGUUCUUGUUAGUGAAGAACAGGAAGAUUUGAUCAUCUUUGAAGGUGGUGGAAGGUAUGCUGUGUGUACUGAUCCAAUCGAUGGUAGUUCCAAUAUCGAUGCUGGUGUUUCUGUGGGUACGAUCUUCGGAAUCUAUAGAUUGAGGGACGACUCCAACGGCUCGAUAAACGAUGUGUUGAGAAAAGGUACUGAGAUGGUUGCUGCCGGUUAUACAAUGUACGGUGCUUCUGCGCAUUUGAUGUUGACCACUGGUACCGGUGUCAAUGGAUUCACUUUGGAUACCAACUUGGGUGAAUUCAUACUUACGCAACCAGAUUUGAAGAUCCCUGAACACAGAGCCAUCUACUCUGUUAAUGAGGGUAACUCUUACUACUGGCCAGACUAUGUCAAGAACUACAUUGCAGAUUUGAAGAAACCUCAGGAUUCCCUUAAAGGUAAACCAUAUAGUGCAAGAUAUAUUGGUUCUAUGGUUGCCGAUAUUCACAGAACCUUGCUUUACGGAGGUAUUUUCAGUUAUCCAGCAGACACAAAAUCCAAGAAUGGUAAAUUGAGAAUCUUGUACGAAUGUUUCCCCAUGGCUAUGCUUUUGGAGCAAGCUGGUGGUAGAGCCGUGACUGAUAAAGGUGAAAGAAUCUUGGAUAUCUUGCCAAAAGGAAUCCACGACAAAUCCGGUAUUUGGUUAGGAUCCAAGGGUGAGGUUGAUAGAUUUGAAUCGUACAUUCCAAAGGCGUAA